GAACAAUUAUGCAUGAUUACAGUAAAUUUGUCAGGACCCGCUUAUAUUUGAGGCUAAAUUGCCACUCGCUUACCGAUUACGUUAUUUUAUUUUAUCCCUACGUCAACUAUAUCGCCGAUUUGAUCAAUGUCAUUACCAGCAUAAUAUUUAAUUCGUCAUUAGCACAGCGAUGAAUUGAUCUAACUUAUUAACAAAGCAUUAAUCAGCGGCAUGAUGCCCCUCCAUAUCAUUCUAGUAUACCUUCCUACAUCCCUCUUUAUCACCAUCCUACCAAUCCUCCUCUUCAUCGCCCAUACAUCCAACAGCUCAAAACCGCGGGGAUGUCGUCGUCUAGGGCUACCUGCAGACCAAAGCAAUCUAUCCGAUGAAUUUGAAUUCUCCCUCUCCCCACCUUCAGCUACCACUGAUAUAAAAAUUAAAGCCUUAUUCACAUACCCACUCAAAUCCUGCCGCGGCAUCGAACUCUCCACUUCUGCUGUUGCCGCAACGGGAUUAGAGUACGAUCGACAAUUCUGCAUCGCCGAGCUCAUUCCAGCACACACAAAAAAGGACGGAGAAAGCGAGCUGAGGUGGGAAUUUCGGACCCUUCGGAACAAGGAGUAUGAUAAACUCGCCCUCGUGAGCACGGAGAUCUGGCUGCCGGACCCGACUUGUCAAGAUUACGGAGGGGAUUUGGAGGAGGUUAGGUCGGGUGGUGUUUUGGUGGUUCAGUAUCCCCGCACUUCGUCGAGUAGGAUAUUGAGUAUGGGGAUGAGAUUGGGGGUGGUAGAGAAAUCAGUCUCGUUCUGGGUACCUCUGUACCCCCAGCAGCAGUAUCCAGUGGUCAAUGUUCAAAUAUGGAAAGACUUUCCACUAGCCUACGACUAUGCCUGCCAUCUGCCAGACUCCUUUCUAAACUUCCUAACCUACAACACCUCCAAAAAGAAAAAAAUAACCCUCCUCCGCACUAACCCAUCCUCAUAUCGCCCUAUCUACAGAAACGCGCCGCGCAGGGAUGUUCUGGGCUAUCAGCCACAUACCGCGUUUGCAGAUGCGUAUCCGCUACAUCUACUUAGUCUCGCAUCUGUACAAGACGUGGCGCGGCGGUGCGUACAUGCAAUACCGAGAUUGAGUGCACGACGGUUCCGCGCAAAUAUUAUUGUUAGUGGGAUUCAGGCCUAUGCGGAGGAUGAAUGGAAGAGAAUACUUCUUCUCCCGGCAGAACCGGAACCAGAACCAGAACCAGAACUCUUCCAUGCAGCAAACCCAAACACCGAGGGGAACGACCAUCAAAGCCGGACGAAUGGUGACAGGAAGAAUGUUGAGAUUUAUACUUGUUGUCGUACCGUUCGUUGUAAAUUGCCGAAUGUUGACCCUGACACCGGCUACAGACACCCCCGAGAGCCGGAAAAGACGCUCAAGGGGUAUCGGUGUAUUGACAAAGGCGGUGGGGAUAAAUUGGCGUGUUUGGGGAUGCAGUGCGUUCCUGCUGUGGAGAAUUUCGAGAUUAGGGUCGGUGAUACGAUUGCCGUGUUGGAAAGGGGCGAGCAUUUUUAUAUUCGGAUGUUGGCGCCGGGAGAUCCCGAGGUGUAAGCAGUCAGAUCAAUUGAUGAUGUCAAUGAUUUAAUGUAUGCCAUGUACAUAUGUAGUAUAGAUGUAGGUGUAUCAAUAAC